UAGAAGCUGCUUCACCCCCAAAGCAUACUACAGUUUUUAGAGAGAGAAAGCACUACAAUUUCCUCACCAUUCUCCCCCCUCUCUCUUUCUCUCUCACGCACCAACACACACUCGCACACCACAAUCUCAGCUCUCCACCUCACCAAUCACAGAGACCCCACAAAUCUCUUGCCCUUCCCUUAAACCUCAAACCCCCCCAUAAAUCUCUCCCCCAAUUUUUCUCUUGAGCAAUGCCAGCUUCCUCAGAAGCAAGAGCAAGGUGGAGGAAGCGGAAAAGGGAUAACUCAGUGGCGCGUAAGUCCAAGCAGAAAGAGCAGGAUGAUGACAUACUUGACGAUAAUGAUGACGAUGAUGACCCAGAUCUGGAUCCCCCGCAGAACCAUCUGGAAAGUGAAGACGAUCCGCAAAUUCCUAAUUCUGAUAGGACAGCCCAGAUAAUAGGAGAGAAAGGGGAUGAAAAGUUGGUUGCUGGUGGACUGAAGUUAUGUGAGUUUCCAGUUGCGAUCAAGAGGGAGAUAUAUAGGCCCCACUCAUCUGUCUUUCGAAUUUUGGAAUAUGAGAGGGCUUCGAGAUUUGGGGAUACCAGAGCCCAAGGGCAGAGUGGAGUGCCAGUGUUGGAGAAUAUUUCUUAUGGGCAGCUGCAGGCACUUUCUGCAGUGCCUCGAGACAAUCCAGCUCUUUUAGGGGUUCCCUCAGAGGAGACUGCAAGUGGUAGUGGGGGUGGUUCGUAUGUGAUCACACCACCUAGGAUAGUUGCAGGCUCUGGUGUUACUAAAAGGCUCGGGAGUGCAGGUCGUGUUCAUGUUGUGCCAGUACAUUCAGAAUGGUUUUCACCAAGUUCAGUGCAUAGAUUGGAAAGACAAGUGGUUCCACAUUUCUUUUCUGGGAAAUCCGCAGAACAUACACCUGAAAAGUACAUGGAGUGUCGGAAUUUCAUUGUUGCGAAGUAUAUGGAAAACCCUGAAAAGCACCUAGCAGUGGCUAACUGCCAGGGCCUAGUAGCUGGUAUUGAUAAUGAGGACUUAACUCGAAUUGUGAGGUUCCUGGAUCAUUGGGGGAUUAUCAACUAUUGUGCAACUCCUCCUAAGCAUGAGGCCCCAAAGGAGGGAGCUUACUUGUCUGUGGACUCAAAUAAUGAACUUCGCGUGCCUUUAGCUGCUUUGAAAUCUAUAGAUAGCUUAAUCAAGUUUGAUAAGCCAAAAUGUAGGCUGAAGGCAACUGAUGUUUAUCCAGAACUUGCACAUCAGCAGGAAGAGGAAUCCGACUUUGACAGUGCUAUAAGAGAGCAAUUAUCCGAGCACCAAUGCAACUGUUGCUCACGACCUAUUUCUGCAGUGUACUACCAGUCACAGAAGGAGGUUGAUGUGAGACUCUGUUUGGAUUGCUAUCAAGAGGGUGGAUUCGUUGCUGGUCACUCUAGCCUUGAUUUUAUGAAAGAGAAUUACACGAAAGAUUAUGGAGAUCUGGAUGGGGAUAGUUGGUCUGACCAGGAAACAUUGCUGCUGCUUGAGGGAAUGCAGCUUUAUAGUGAAAACUGGAAUAAAAUUGCCGAGCAUGUUGGCUCCAAGUCAAAAGCACAGUGCAUUCUCCAUUUUGUCCGUCUUCCUCUGGAUGGUGCUCCACUGGACAAUAUUGAUGUUCCAAGCACAUCUGGUUCAUCGAGUUUUAGCAAUCAUGAUGGUCAUGGGAGAUCAGAGCCAAAUUCAAAUGGUACCUGCUUGGAAGGAGAGGACACUGAAAAUAAAUUUCCUUUCUCAAGCUCUGGGAACCCGGUCAUGUCUCUGGUGGCGUUUAUUGCUUCUGCAUUGGGGCCAAGAGUGGCUGCAGCCUGUGCCCAUGCAUCUUUGGGUUCAUUGUCUACGGAGAGUGGCAAGGAAGGGCAUGCUGGAGGUCCUUUGAGCCAGCAUGAUGCUGAAGGUGCUACACUAUCUGCUGAAAAAGUGAUCUCUGCGGCCGAAGAUGGUCUUGAUGCAGCAGCCAUGAAAUCAAAACUUUUUGCUGAUCAUGAAGAGCGUGAAAUCCAGCGGCUAUCUGCUAAUAUCAUAAACCAUCAGUUGAAGAGAUUGGAGCUAAAGUUGAAGCAGUUUGCAGAAAUUGAAACCUUGCUAAUGAGAGAAUGUGAGCAGAUGGAAAGGACAAGGCAGAGGAUUGCUGCUGAAUGCGGCCUCAUGAUGUCGGGACAGUUUGGUUCUGCUGGGGUGCAACGGCCAAUGGGACUACCGGGUGUCAGUAAUGCUGCUAUGAACAAUUCUGCAGGAAAUAGUAGGCAGCAGCACGUUCAAGGCUCCCAUCAACCUUUCGUUUCUGGAUACGGAAAUACCCAACCCAUCCACCCCCACAUGCCCCUGAUGCAGCAACAGCAACAUCAGCAUCAACAACAGGGAAUGUAUGGCCUUGGUCCCAGGCUGCCCCUUUCAGCUAUACAUCCAUCUUCUUCAGCCCCUAAUGCCAUGUUCAACCCAGCAUCCAAUUCUCAGCCUUCUCUCAGCCAUCCUAUGCUCAGACCACUAUCCGGGACUAAAUCUGGUUUAGGUUAGCCGGAGCAUGAUUACUACAUAUAAAUAUGUGCUUGGAGUUGGGUCAUCUUGAGCUUAGGUGUACUGUUGCAAAAGAGUUGAAAGUGGAGAAAGAACGACGUUUCCUUUGAACAUUUGAUUUUAUCUAGACGUGCAUGCCCGGAAUGGAGCGGGGCUAACCUGUAUACAGCUUGGAUGUGCAGACCACCUGACUUCCUCUACAGAGAAUGGAUCAACUGCUUGGAUAUGAAAAAAGACUUGAAAUUUCAACUAAUUUGAUUGUGACCAUCACUAAUUAGACGAGGAAAGAAAGUGGGAUUUUAGGAAUGUACUAUUCAGCUGUACAGAUUAUGUUGCAGGAUACCAUGAAUCAAUGAAAUUGCAUUUGAUGGGUUUUAAUUUUUAAA